AUGAUUUUGUUGCGACGCCAAGUUGAUUACUUGAAAGAAUUUGUUGCUGAACUUGGGUGGUAUGUCCAUGGUUAUGGACAUGAUACUCGCAGUGAUCAUCAGUCACGCACUAUUGAAGCAAUUUACUUGGGACCAGCUGAUAAUAUGCAAAAGGGUCACAAGCUAUAUGAUUUGAACACGAAAAGAGAGGUGACUAGGCCUCAAAUUCCGGUGCUCCCAAUCACUGAUCAAGUGAUCAAAUUGGUUGAAGCCCAUGCUGCUGAGGAAGGCGUUACAGAUUUACGAACCUAUUCCAGACGCAAUGGAGAAAUAAUUUUGGAUGCUGAUCUGCUUGCAGGAGUGGACCCAGAUGAACUGUGGGACGAAGACUAUGUACCUGCAGAUAUUGAGAUUCCACCUGUCGAUGACAUGAAUUUGCGCAAGAAUGAUGCAAUCUCCGAUGAAGAACUCGAAGAAUUAAUGAAGGAUGCAGCUGAAGAUAUAUUGGAAUCUAGAAGAAUUGAUGAUAAGAGACAACACAAAUAUGAUGAGGCAGAUAGAACUGUCCACCGCAUGCUGCAAAUAAUUAAAAGACGUCAAGAAGAAGACGAUGAAGAGGAUAUGGAUUUUGUGCAGGAUCAGCAACCUGAAAGCGAUAUUGAAAUGGAUAUUGAUGAUGAAGAAUUAAAAGAUAUGAUUGAUGAAGUAGCCCGUGAGUUGGAUAGAUUGAGCCAACCCAUUGAAGAAGAAAUAAUGUUCAGCGUUGAAGAUGAUGACGAUGACUAUGAGGGUGAAUAUGAUGCGGAAGAAAUAGAAGAACUGCAAGAAGCAGAAGACGAACUGCAAGUAUAUCCUGAUGAGGAAGAUGAUGUUUGUGCAGGAGUGAGGUUUGAAGAAGUCCCCGUGUUGAGUACAACAGAUGAUUCAAAUAAAGACAAGAAAAGGAGAACACAAAGUGGACGAUCAUUUUAUUCAAACGGAGUCAAGUAUUGA